AUGCCACAGACAACAGCACCCCGAGCCUCACGGUCUGUCUCGGGGUGUCUGACCUGCCGCCGGCGUAAAGUCAAGUGCACUUCUCGCUCCUCUCCAUGCGAGCCUUGCACCCGCCUUCGCCUAUCCUGUAUCGCCUCUUUCCAGGAAAACAUCAGAGUUUGGUCAGCAUCCGGAGGUUUGAGACCAAAGAAUACGACUAAAACGAGACAUACGAAGCAAUCAAUCAACACAGCCUCCAGCCAUGACCUGUUUCCAGACGACAGCCAAGUCGAUCAAGCAGCAUCACCGGGCCUGGCUGAAGAUUGUUCUCCCAGAAACGCCAUCUACGACUUUUUGGAGAGGAGAACAUCUCCGGCCAACAUCAACCGUUCAGGUGGCUCCGUUCAAACAAAUGUGGCUACUGGGUCGAUCAAAAAUUCCAUUUGUGAAGAUGUUCCAGAGGGCAAUAAUGAUCUAGCUCUUAGUGUGUCGAGACAGUCAGCAUCUGACCCAAGCCCCAUUGAUUCCUGGAUAGCAUUUGGCUCGUCACUGCCACCUUACUCGCCUAUUUUCAGUUCUCUACCCGUCGAUGAUGGCCUGUCGGGUAUACUGAGUACAUUACCAGGUCAAAAUUGGGACAUCGCCACUUGGACUCAGUAUAUGAACCGUGUUCCAGAGUGGCUUUCAACCAAAAGGUCAAUGUGGAGCUGUUAUCACUAUCUCAUCAACCUGGCGCAAGCAAUUCCCGACUCGCCACUUUUUCACGGCAUUCUAAGCUGGACAUAUGCCUAUUUGUUCCGCUUGGGGCUAGUGUCCCCGAUCCCUCAAGGCUCAAACAUUACAUGA